UGUCAGCUGUUGCCGUUUCGAAUAUCGCUGUGGCGCUGUCAAAUGAGUAUCAAGUUGGUUGUGGAAAUUUCGGCGUGACAGAUUUAAAUUUUCGCUUCCGUUACUGCAAAUGCGAGCCUUUUCGUCACAGAAAAGGAAGAACCAUGGAACAGCCAAAUCAAACAAGAAUGGGUCGAGAUAUCGCCAUUUCAUGGCCAGAAAUAAUCCGGUGGGCUAAGAAACAGAGUUCAACUGCAUGUCUGCGCAUGGCACAAAAAAUAGAAAGAAUUGCUACUCAUUACCAUAUUGCUGAGGCAUUAGAUGAUCUCGUGGCAUGUGCAGCACAAAAUCCGCUUAUAGCACUUUUCAUUAUUGCUGUAAUAGCAUCAUGUGGACUACCAGUUUUGAUAUUCUUGUUGUUUGUAAUUAUCUCAUUCCUUAUUACAUUCACGGGAUUUGUUUUCAUUGAAGGAACAAUUCUUGCAGUAGGAUCAGCACUAUUCUGCGCAUUCAUAUUCAGUGCACUGACUACACUGGCAGUUACAGCUUCAGUAAUUGCUUUAAUGUAUUUGGGAUUAAAUGAAGCAUAUGAUUAUCUUCAGACAAAUCUCUCCAACAUUCAACAUUCUGAAGCCAACAUUCAGGAUGCUCGAGUGACAUCAAAUGAGGAGAGGAACUGAAUAUAAAAAUUAAUUUUGUAUUUGGCACCAAUUUAACUUGUUAACAAUGCAAGAAUAGCCAGAGCAAAAUGCAGAACAGAAAGGAAGAGAUAUUGCCUAUGAAGUUCUUUACAAUGUAUGUUUAAACAUUUCUUCUGCUAGUGUCUGACAUAUUUACUUUGUAUUUAGGAUAAGUGAGGAUUCUGUAAGUCUUGCAAGAAAAUGGUUCCUUUAGAACUUAAAUAAUUCCUCAGGUGUCCAACAAGCCAUCGGUUUCUUCUUUUAUAACUGAAACAGCAUUGAAGAGACUCUGUUUUGUGCGAACUGACGAUCAGAAUAUUAUGUGAAUAUUCAGAUGUUGUUGGUAUUGCCAUGUUUUCCAAGCAAAUAAUAUUUUUAUUGUGGAAUUUAAUUCCCAAUCCGUAACUUAAAGGCACAAUGACAUCUUAGUGAUUUGAUUUACUUGUGAGUUGUGUAUACCAGUACCAUAAGAGUAUACCAUUAUCACUGAAACAUAACAACACUAUUAACUGGAUAAAGUAAGAAAUAAAAUGUAAAUAUUAUAUAUUGUGACAGUUGAAACUUUGUGACAUAGCGUGAUUCGAACUUUAAUUUUGUUGUUUUAUGAGUAAUAAGUUCAUCCACUAGACUAACUAUUCAUGAAAAGUUGGAGCAUACCUCCACAUCUGACACCAAUUUGUAAAUGAUGUUUCCAUCAUGGCUUCUGUUCAUUCAUUCAUUCGUUCAUUCAUUUCAGUUAGUUUAAUUCAAUUCAUAUGUAAAGGUAAAUGAGUGUUAUGAUCUGUGACAUCAGUCUUGAGAGAAUUUUCAUUUUCUUCUGUAUAUAUAUGAGUGUGAAGGAACACAUAGGUACUAAAAGCAAUGAGUGUGUAAAUAUGUGGAAAUUUUUUUGGCCACGUAAUAAGAUGACAGCACGAUUUAUGGCAUAAGACUGAACAGUAGAAUAACUGGAAGAAUAAAUUCAUUUAUAUUUGGAAAAAAGAACAUUGCUUUGUUCCAUCCCUUAUCCUGUGGUUAAAGGUUUCAAAUAAUCAGCCAAAUUAUAUUACAAGUGCAGCUGUAUUCCAGUUACCAUAGAAAAGAUAAUAAAAUUAAAUACGUAUGUAUAGCAGUCUUAACAACUCAGUGGUAGAACUUGAAUCUAAUUAUAAAUGAUUUUUCUGUAAAGUAUUUGUAGAAGAUAACCAGGACAUGGCCUGAGGCAUCAAUAGUCAUCAGUUUGCUAAUUUAGGAGAAAGAUACUGUAGAGGGAGACCAAGGGACGAAUGCAGCGAGCAGGUUCAAAUGAGUGUAGGAUGCAGCAGCUAUGCAACUGGGCUGAGCCACUAAACAGUCCCAUGAAUACACCACGACACCAAUGAAAGGAUCCAUUGGAGAGAGUAGACAGUAUCAAUGAACAAACAGUGACUGGUUACGUCCUCACUAUUAAUACCAUCUUUAGUCUUUGAGGGAGUGGACCAUGUUAUUUAUUUCCUGCUAUAGCCGAUCAAUCCCGACAUUUUGUUAUACAAAAUUUACUUGUAAAAUGAAGUAUAUACUGUCCUGAUGCUCAGAAAAUGAAGCUCAAAUGGCCAAAGAAAAUGGAAAAGAGACCAUUGGAACUGCCUGGUGGUAAACAUAGUCACACAAGCUUUUUAUCAUCAUUCAUCAUUAUGCAAAACUACACUUACAGAGAAUUAACAACUGAUUGUGGAAGCAUGCCCACCUACUUCUGCACCUCUAACUUGCUACACAGUGUCUGAAUAAAUUAACAAUAAUGUGGACAGUGGGAGUGUUAUAACAGCUUGCCCAAAGGUACAAACGAGACGUACAUCAGCAUGUCGGUUAAAUAUGAUAACAAAAUUGUUUAUCCACACCUACAAACAUUUUUGUAAUGAACAUUGUGUUUCACGGCAUUUUAAUUAUUAAGU